AUGAGAACUUCUGAGAAAAUGUGGAAGCAAAUCGCCCAAGAAGCGCAGGCGCUUCGUGACGAAACACUUGCUGAAGUUGGAGUAAAUAUUGAAAUCUCGGAUGAGCUUUCAGGAGACAUUACCCAUAUCCCUAAUAUAAUGUUAUCCACAAGCAGCGCUAGAAUAACAUCUUUAGUGCCUCAAGAGAUUGUGUCCUUAGUGUCUAAACGCAUAAUCUCCGCUCAAGAGGUGGCUCGGGCCUUUCUGGAAAGAGCCGUCCUUGCUCAGAAGCUUACAAAUUGUCUCACUGAACUUCUCACUGAACGAGCCAUCUCUUGUGCUAUUGAGCUUGAUGCUCACCUCUUGCAUAAUUCUGUUCCGCUUGGAGCGCUUCAUGGUUUGCCAGUGAGCAUCAAGUCUCACAUCGGCAUUGCAAAUCGACCUCUUUCUUUUGGCUACUGUGCCCCAUUCUGUUCACGUCCACGCCCUGUUGCUGAUGCGCUAGUGGUCCAAAUUCUUACGCGAGCUGGAGCCAUUGUCCAUGCUCGAACAACAGAGCCCCAGAGCAUGAUGCAACUUGAAUGCGCGUCCAAUCUCUAUGGUGUCACCACGAAUCCAUAUUCCAACAUCCUUAUGUCUUCAGGCGGUUCUUCAGGAGGAGAAGCUGCGCUGAUUGGAUUGCGCGGCUCCGUAUUAGGCGUGGGAAGUGAUGUAGGCGGAUCAAUUCGCGUCCCAGCUGCUGCUUGUGGAAUUUAUGGGCUCAAGCCAACCGCAUUUCGGGUGCCAACUACUGGCUGGAGUAGCACUCCGCCAGGAGCUGAUCCAAUAGUCACUGUGUUAGGACCGAUGAGCGUCAGCUUGGAAGGCAUAGAAAUGUUCAUGAAAGUCGUGGCGGCUGCAGAGCCAUGGCACAUUGAGCCAGCAAUAAUACCACUACCUUGGAGGGCGGUCGAUAUUGCUCCAAGCAGGGAAAAGCCAUUGCGUUUGGGGAUUAUAUGGCACGACGAAGUCGUCAAGCCCCACCCGCCAAUAACAAGAGCGCUGAGAGAGUUUGUAGAUAGAGUGAGCAGUGUGCCACAUGUGGAAGUGGUGAAACUUUCGCCAUAUAAACAUGAUGAGGCAUGGGCCAUUGCAUCAAGCCUUUAUUUUACUGAUGGAGGUGAAGCCGAUAUGGCUAUUAUGGCUGAAUCUGGUGAACCAUUGCUACCCUUGACGGAGUGGAUUAUGAAAGGCAACCCAGGUGUAAAAAAGUUGGAUCGAGAUGAGUUAGAAUACUGGCUAGAAGAACGAGAAGAAUUCAGGUUGGAAUACUCGCAGCACUGGAACAACACUGGAAUUAUGAAUAAAGCUUCGGGUACUUGGGAAAACACUGUGGAUGCCAUUAUCUGUCCCGUUGCGCCCGGGGUGGCUACGAAGCAUAACACAGCUAAAUACUGGACAUACACUGCCGUGUGGAACUUGCUCGACUAUCCAGCCCUGGCCUUUCCGACUGGUCUAGUUGACAAAGCAAAAGAUGUCAAGGAGAAUAGAAAGCGUUUCAUGAGCAAUUUGGAUAAAGAAAACUGGAAAUUGUAUGACCCCGAGCUAUUUCAUAAUAUGCCAAUCGGUUUGCAGAUGGUUGGCCGAAGAUUUGAUGAUGAAAAGAUUAUUGCCAUUCUACAGUUUUUGAAAGGACACAUUUAA